AUGUCGCUCCAUCUGCACACGGACUCGGUAAACCUGGACGAGGGUUUCAGCUCCGUCGUCGAGCCCACCUCCGACAACGGAGAGGUGGAGAGUCUGCAUCCUCCAGCGACCCCAAAUCUCUCCACCAGCGUCCCAUCCGCGCAUACCCAGCUUCUCGACAUCGGUACCAAUAGCGAGGCUGGCGCCUCGUCGGGAAUCCAAAUGGACGGCUCCCUCGACAGCGUGCCGCGGGGACUAUCACCGGCUCCUCCAAGCGAAGCCCCGAUUCAAGCCUCGACUGACGUCGAGAGACCCAAGCCGCCCGAAUUCAUCCACAUUCAGCUCAUUCCAUACAACCCAGACCCAACAAAGGCCGCGCCAUCCAUCGACAUCAUCGAGCGAAAGCUGAAAGACGGCUCCAUCCUGAGAAUCGGUCGCCAAGUCAUCCGCGACGGACAAGCGACGGGCAAGCAAGGCAAAAACAGCGAGGGCAUGGAUGUGUGGUUCACCUCCAAGGUCGUGAGCCGAAAUCACGCCGAAAUCUGGUCUAAAGACGGCUUGGUCUAUAUCAAGGACAUUGGCAGCUCCUCGGGAACAUUCUUGAACAAGAUGCGAUUAAGUCCCUCGGGCAAGGAAAGUCGGCCCUAUCCCAUCAAAGAGGGCGACACCAUCCAGUUUGGCAUCGAUUACAAGGGAAAGGAAGAAGGCAAGUACCCCUCGAUGGCUCGAUGCUCAUUUGACGGGCACGGGCGUCUGUGGAUGUUUGGUAUCCGCAAUGACAUUUACAAAAGCGUCAAUCUCAAGCUUGGAUUCUACGACCAGUCGUGGAUCAAGACUCAGCGGCAGAACGCCAAUCCGGUCAGGUUCCGAACAGCCCUCCGACAGCUUCUCGCUGCCACCAACCCAUAUGCCACUCACGGCCAACACGAGGAAGAUGCCGCGGCCCCAACAGAGUGCUGCAUCUGCAUCGGCGUCAUCGGGCCCUUCCAGGCACUCUUUAUAGCGCCCUGUUCGCACUGCUACCACUACAAGUGCGUCGGGCAGCUGCUGGCGCAGUCCGCCAUGUUCCAGUGCCCAUUGUGCCGACAGGUUGCCAAUCUUGCGGCCUCUGUGAGCGUCGAGAGCCUGUGUGAAAUCGCCGAGGACGGCGAGUCCAAGGGGCCGCUGCAGAUCGCCACCCCGCUCAUCACCACGAAUACCCCGGUGGCUACCGACCUCAACGACGUCGCAUCGCCCGAAACCUCGAGCAAGGCAAACCCGCCGGCGCUGCCCACCGUCGCAAACGCACGACACAGUCUCGGCAGCAACACCUUCUUUUCCAAGCUGCGUACAGGCUCAUCCUCGGCCGAUGAAGGUGGCGACGCCGCUGGGACCAGCUCCUCCCGUCGGCGAAGCUCUGCGGGGGUAUGUCCGACGUCUCCAGGCUUUGGCAAGCGCUCCUCCAAGGAAGAAGGCUCAGGCAGUCCCGACCUGGUGCCAAAGGCAAAGGGCCACAGCAGCUUUGGCAACAAGCUCAACUCGCUCUUUGGUCUUGGGCGCCAUGUUCCGCCCCCAAACACACCUCCGUCUGCGAGCGCCUCCAUCAGUGCCGCCAAUGAUGCAAGUCUGGGUCCUCCGGCCCAGGCGGCGGCUUCCAGUGGCCUUGGAGCUUCUUUGCAGCCACUCGGGACACAGAUGAAGCACUGCGGCACCGCCAAAACCAUGUCGACCGAGCCCGCCCAAGAUGGGCACUCUCGCAUGGCGUCAGACCAACCGCAAUCGUCGACCUCGGAGCAACAAGGGGAGGGAAGCAGUGCGUGAUGGCUGGCUGCCGUCGAGGUCGAUGUUGGAUUUGUGUGCACCAUCCCGGCCUCCCCGGUAUCUUGUCUGUUCUGCCUCCUCGCGGAUGGCCUGGAG